AUGAACCUGAGUUCGAAGAGCGCUUCUCAGCAACAGAAGCAAAUUGUUCUUCGGAACACGUUGGAUCGGUGUUCGACUCAUGAUUACGAGACCACCUGGAGACAAAUCCGGAAAGCUGGCAACACGUCCUUGUACGCGCAGAUGCCUGAGUACAUUGAGUGGGCAAAAGGGUCGGGCCCCGAGACACUCAUCUUGGUUGGCAAGCUUGGAUAUGGGAAGUCUGUCAUACUUGCAAACAUGGUUGAUGAUCUCAACUUACGCGCCGAUCCUGAAGUUUCUGGACUGGCAUACUUCUUCUGCCGACAUGAUCUCCCUGAAAGUCUGGCUGCAAGGACAGUGAUUGGUGCCCUCAUACGCCAGAUCAUCAGCCUAUUUCCACAACGCCUAGUCGAGACGGAAGCUAUUGGUACCGAUGAUUAUUCUCGACUAAUCAAUCUGAUGCAUCGUGUUGUUCCUCCCAGACACAGGAUGUACAUCGUACUUGACGGCCUGGAUUUGUGCUCCUCCUCUGAAAGGAAGAAAAUCACCGAGCAACUGGAACUUAUGAGAACACAAUUCGACAUACGCACCUGUCUCUCUCGCCGCCUAGAGCUUGAAGCAAACCUUCAGUCUUUCGUCAUCGAGUUCCCAAGAGCGAAGACUGUUAGACUUCCUGAUAAUACUCCGGACAUCGAGGCAUUUAUCACAGCGCAAUUGGAAGCCGCUGUUUUAAACGAGUCCUUGCGUGUAGGCGAUCCCGACAUCAUCGACGAAAUCAAAGACGCACUAUCACAAGGUUCAGAGCACAUGUUCCUCUGGGCAGCUCUGCAAAUCCAGUCGCUUUGUGCGAUGCAAACAGAUCACGACAUCCGAGAAGCUCUUGUCGAUCUCCCGCGAGAUCUCUUUGAGAUCUACGAUAAGAUACUACAGCAAGCGAAAGCACCAGGGCGAUCGUUACAGUCAAAUACAUUCAAGCUCAUCAUAGCUGCGAGACGGCCACUCACAGCACACGAGAUGCGGGAAGCUCUUAGCGUGACACCCGGCGAUACAGCAUGGGAUCCUUCCAAAGUCUUCAACAGCGUUCACCCAACACUAGCUACAUGCGGCUGUCUCAUUACUGUUGACGAGGAGGAACAGACAAUACGUACAAUACACCUAAGUGUAAAUCAGUUCUUGCUUCAAGAGAGCUCCAAAUCUCCAACCAUCUCAGAAUGGGUUCACUUCACAAUGGAUGAUGCGAAAGAAAUGAUUUCAUCGAUCAUCGUUACUUACCUCGGGUACGGUAUCUUUGGAAAUGAGGUUGCCGUUCGUCUGCCUACACUUGACGUAGGGUCUGCGCCUUCUCACAUCAUCAAGUCCAUGACGAAUUCCAACAAAGUCGUUCAAGCCAUAAUCUUGAAACGCGUAAGAUCCAAAAGGAAGCCUGACUUCAAUGUUCCCAAGACCCUCUCAAACAGGGUCAAGCGGCAUGUCCUUCCAAAUAUGGAUGACCUCUAUUUCCAACACUACGCGAAAUCACACGUCUUGACACACUUAGCGGAACUUCCAGUCAUGCAGUUCCCUAUUUCGAAUAACUUACUCAGAUUAAUCAAACAGGGCAAAGUCUGCAACGAAUCUCCGGAUCAUCUCAUUGGUCAGCUCUGGAUCAUGCUCCAACCGCCCGGCGAUUUGGAUAUGUAA